UAACUAUCGCUUCGUCCCGUUUGAGGCACAUGAUUUCCCGUAGUUACGUCAUCGUGUGGAAACUGUCGAGUGGCAAGAUGGCUACCGAACCAAACAAGAAUGAAAUUCUUACGAUUUUCAAACGACUGAGGUCUAUUCCUACCAACAAGGUGUGUUUUGAUUGCUCUGCAAAAAACCCUAGUUGGGCGAGCAUUUCAUAUGGCGUCUUCUUGUGCAUUGACUGCUCUGGAAUUCACCGUUCCCUCGGAGUGCACCUCAGCUUCAUCAGAUCCACCGAAUUAGAUUCCAAUUGGAACUGGUUUCAGCUUAGAUGUAUGCAGGUUGGAGGCAAUGCCAAUGCAACUGCAUUUUUCCGCCAGCAUGGCUGCACCACAAAUGACACCAAUGCCAAGUAUAACAGCCGAGCAUCACAAAUGUACAGGGAGAAGAUUCGACAGCAAGCAAACGCUGCACUCUCCAAGUAUGGAACAGAACUAUGGAUUGACUCGUCUGGGGGAAUCACUGCAGCAGCUCCUGAGAAAAAAGAACAAGACUUCUUUGCAGAACACACAGAGUCUCGUAAUGACUGGAGCAUGAAGCCAGCCUCAGAAUCAGAGCAGAAUGGAGCCACUGUUGUGCAGCUGAGGGAGACCAUGGCCAAAAGCCAAGAUGACAACCAGCCAGAGGAAGGACCGAGCAUCGAUGGUUUGAGCACAUCACCGAAAGUUACUCUGGAUUCCAUGCUAUUGUCACGAGAGCAAUGGAAAUCCAGAGGGGUAAAGCCAACCAUAAUUGGGAAGAAGCCAAUGACUGCCAAAAAAGGGCUGGGGGCAAAGAAGGGCCUCGGUGCCCAGAAGGUGAGCAGCAAGAGUUUUUCAGAGGUGGAGAAACAAGCUCAAGUGGCCGAGAAGAUACGGGAGGAGCAGGCAGCCGAGGCAAAAAAACAAGCAGAGGAGUCCAUUGUGGCUUCCAUGCGUUUGGCCUACAAAGAGCUGGAGAUCGACAGAAAGCUUGAGGAAAAGAAGCUGAACAACCUGGAGGGCAAGAAGCGGGAGCAAGCCGAGAGACUGGGCAUGGGCUUUGGGAACAGGAGUGCUGUGUCACAUUCAGUGAUGUCUGAGAUGCAGGUGAUUGAGCAGGAAACCCCAGUGGGAGCAAAGACUUCGACUCGUUCCAAACUUGAUAUGUUUGAGGAACCCGGUUUCACCUCUGGACCCCCUAAAUAUAAGGAUAACCCGUUCUUGGUGGGUGACAGUUUUGGAUCACGCUGGGAUACCGACGGAGGGACCGCUUCUUUUAGUACCUCGUGGGCUCUGGAGAAAGAAGAACCUAAAGAGGAAGUCACCAUCUCAAGUAUUCAGCCAAUUGGAGAGAGACUUCCCAGUCGAAGAAAAGCCGAGGUGUCCACCCCAGUGUCGGAGUCGAGUGAGGCCAGGCAGAAGUUUGCAAAUGCAAAGGCAAUCUCUUCAGACAUGUUCUUUGGUCGUGAAAGCAGUGCUGAGUAUGAAGCAAAGAGCCGACUGGAGGGCAUGUCUGGAAGCACGGCCAUCAGUUCAGCAGACCUGUUUGGAGAUGACAGUGACUAUAAAGGGCGCUCAUCGGGCUUUGACAGCGUCCUUCCUGCCGGUCCAGACAUCACCCAGUUCAAGCAAGGAGUGAAGACUGUAGCAGGCAAGAUGGCCGUCCUUGCCAACGGGGUCAUGAAUACCAUUCAGGAUCGCUAUGGUUCCUACUAAGCAGCCUGAAGAGACUGGCAGCUGGGGGCAGCAAGAAC